AUGGAUAAUGAAGCUUCAUAUACAAAUAUUAAAAUAUACAACAAGGCUCUGAUUAAAGAGAUAGAAACAAUUGAUGAAGCUCAGCUGGCAGAUGUGAAUAAAGAAAUGUGUAAUAAUGAUAAUAAAGACAAAGAACAGAAAAAAAUAUUAAUAUUAAAUAGAAGGCAUAUGUUAAAUACAAAAGAUAAUACUAUUAUAAGACACAAAGCAUUUAAAUGCUCUUAUAUCAGUGAAUAUAAAACUCAAAAAGUAAUUUUGGAGGAGAAUAGAAGAAAUCAAGAUUCGAAUAUGGUUGGGUGUUCUUGA